UCAGUCAGCAUAAAUGUACCAAAGUUCGGAGAGUUGUUUACUUAGGCACAACAGCGAAUGCAAGCGGGACAUGGGCUCAGGGCUGCGUCUAGCUGCCAUUUGCCUCUCCACCAUCCUCAUUCCGGGAGCCUGACACUAGAGAGCCGGCAAGAAGGAAAAACCCACCGCCCGAACCUGAUUUCCUGCUCCUUUCAUGAGUGUUCCUCUGGGAGCUGCACCUUCUUCUUGUGGCCCUGUGGAAGGCAGGAGAGAUGGCCAUCCCAAGGCCACGGCGAGGUAGCCAUCUGCCUUUCCUGAUCAUCAUGGGCCUCACAGUUGCAGUCAUCUCCCUGCUGUUCUAUGCCCUCCUCUGGGAAGCUGGCAACCUCACUGACCUGCCUGACCUGAGAAUCGGCUUCUACAACUUCUGCCUGUGGAAUGAGGAAAUCGGCUUGCUCCAGUGUCACCAGUUCCCUGAGCUGGAGGCCCUAGGGGUGCCCCAGGUUGGGCUGGCCCUGGCCAGGCUUGCUGUGUAUGGGGCCUUGGUCCUCACCCUCUUUGUCCCCCUGCCUCUCCUCCUGGCCCAGUGCAAGAGAGACAACGGAGAGUGGCAGCUGGCAGUGGGCUUCCUGAUGGCAUCCUCCACAAUGCUGGCCACUGGCCUGGGCCUUUUCCUCUCCUGGGUGUGGAAGUGGGUGAGAAUCUCCCUGCUGGGGCCUGGGUUUCUAGCUCUGGGCAUCGCUCAGACGUUACUCAUCCUUCUGCUUGUGGCCACAGUGCUGUUCCCUCAGAGGGCCGAGAAGGACUCCUGCAAGCCGGAACCUGCUAGUCCUGCCUAAAGGCUUGCAUGAAUGCAUGACUCGUGCAACUGUGCUCAGAGAAGAUGCCUGGGACUCCGUGGGCUGGCAGGUCUUCUCUGCCAUCUUGUUUCUUAGCUACUGCUGGUCACCAGCUCAAGCAAAUAAGGCCCGCUGUGGAGUGGGUGAGGCCCCCAGUGUCAAGGAGGGCAAGGGGCAGUAAUGGCGGCUGGACACCUGUGCUCAUUUCUGUAAGACUGUAUUUUUCAGGACUCCCCAGGCUCCAAGGAUACCCUAAAACUACACAUCCCGGCACACAAAUUCCUGCUUUACGUAACCAAUCUAAGCAGUUAUUACUUCAGCCUCAAGAGGGUGGGGAAUUAAGGAUCCUACCACUAGGCCAGAUUUCCAGGAUAUUUCCCAAAUGCCGAACUGGAACCCACUGAAGCUUUGUAGCAACAUGUGGUCACAUUACAAGAGAGGGGUUAGCCUCCUUCAAGCUCUGGUGAGCAAGCUUCUACUCCUCUGGCUGUGGUUAAGUGGACCACAAUGGGCCCCUUGCUGGGACAUUCCCAAAGACCCAGGACUGAUCUCUGAGGGAUUCCAAGGAACUCAAGUUCAUGAGGCAGAAAGAGAAGCCAGGGUAGCUUUGAAGGUUCCCCUGGAAAGCCCCCUGGCCUGAAGCCAGGUGCAGCAGAGCAGUCAGCUGGUCAUCAUUAGUCCUACUGUGAGGCUCAGGGUACAGGAGCAGGAAGUGAGAACCCUCGAGUGGGAGAAGUAAAAGUUACUCACAUACAAAUGUUGCAUCCCCACACUUCUCAACUGGAACUGGAAAAGAUAUGAGCAAGACACCCGAUGAUGCGUUGGGGAACCUUCUUUAUUCCCCGCACCUGAAUAUUGGCAAGUCUCUAUGGCAAGUGAUUUGCUCAUUCUAUGCUUGUCAAAAGCCACACUGAAUAGAGGUAAAAACAUGG